CCCUUCUUAUUGCCUCGUUUUCAAAUCCUUUAGGUCCAUACCUUCCAUACCUUGCAUAGCUUGCAUACGUUCCAUAAGUGUACAUAUCCAAUCCAAUAAUAACCUCAACUUUGCAUCGCGAUGGUGUCUGCAUCACCAACCCCGCCCGCCGCCGGUCAAUACUCGGCUGCCGUUACAAGAAAAUCUUCAUUGAGGUCUGGUUUCAAGAGAGUUCCGUCUAGAUCUCAAAUUGCCCGCCCCGAAUCGAAUUCCGCACCUUCAACUCACGGUUCCAAACCGCACUUUGCGGGAAACGAGAGCUCCGACGAUGAGAUUCCCGUGCCUAUGAAGCUCAGUGCUCUCACCAAAGCUCUCCUUAAUGACGAAGGUGCCGAACCUGAACGCGACAAUGGACGCGUUCGAACUCGAGCUCAGAGUCACCGGCCUUCGUCGCCUAUUCACUCUGAGCAAGAGAAACCUGUCAAGAGACGUAGCGCCUUGAAUGCAUCCGUCACAUCAAAUGGCGAAGAGAGGAGACAUACUCGUGCCAGUAGCGCGCAGCAAACGUCGCGGCCAGUUUCGCCAGUCAGGAGUCAACCUAGCGGAGAAAGUAGUCCUGUCAGAAAGCGGGUGGUUCGACUUAGCGCUUCUGGGACUACUGCUGCCGCCUCCCAAAACAAACCAACGAAGAGAAGAUCAACGUCAACAUCGCAGACAGCUUCGCAAAGCAGAAACCGCCCUCCAAGCCGAGCUGAUAGUAGUAUAGUAGAAGAGAAGGGUAAUGUUUCCGAAAUCAAGGACAAGGACUUGAAUACACCCGCCCAGCAAGAACGUGUAGUAAGAAUCGCCGUCGGUUCUUCUGGAAACCGAGGCCAAUCUGGUCGUUCGUCUGCCGUAUCGUCUAGGCCUGCCGACCUCGCAUCCUCUUUUCAUUCACAUUCACAUUCUCAAUCCCAGCUUGCACAGUCCGAUGAAAAUGAUGCGCCCGAUGCGCCUCAGACCGCUCCUCGCCAACAGGGCUCUUCCAACCCAAACAGCGCCUCCCGCCUUGGAUCCAAUGGAGCCAGGAAUCGCAACGAAGAUAAUCAAGGAGUGCAGAGCUCAAUGCGCAUCAAGAGAGUAGGAAAGAUUCCCGGUAGCUUCCUGAGUGGCCCCGCACGUCGUGGACGAAGGAGGCAGAGUGAGGAGGAUGCCGAAAAUAAUGGAGAGCAACCUCAGUCCGGUCAGUAUGCCGACGGACAAGAGUCUCGAAACCAGAACGACUAUGAGCCAGCGGACAACCUCGCAUCCUCUUAUUAUGUGCCCGAUCGUCUCGCCUCGGGAAGCCCGGCUAGUUCCAAGGACUCUGCGAGGGCAUCACACCGAAGGGAUCUUUCGUCGCUUGCGGCAGAAGAUAGGCCAGCUCCCCGAUCAAGGCAGACUUCCCCCGAUCAAGACGAGAUCAUUAUCCCACAUUAUCGAAUCCCACCUCCGCGGUCGGAAUUGCCCGCGAGGCACGACCAGGAGAACGAGGCCCCCUCGACGUUCAGGAGAACCAAGCCUCCUGUAGGGAGCUUUCUGGAUAAAGAACUGCCUAAGAGCUCGGCCCGGCCUUUAAGUGCCCUGGAUAUGGGGUCAGCAAGACCUACCUCACCUGAGCGCAAAGCAUUAAGCUCGCUAAACCAAAACACGCCUCGCAGAUCCGCACCAGCACCUCCUCCAAAGAUGUCCAUUCUCGACGCAGCCACCUCCGCAGGCGGUGCAGCGACCACGGUCCAAGCGGCAAAAAGGCGCAACUACAUGAAGGUCAAUGGAAAAUGCUACACAAGACUUGACUCUCUCGGCCGUGGUGGUAGUGGGAAGGUGUACCGUGUGGUAGCGGACAACGGUAAAAUGUUUGCGCUGAAACGUGUCUCUAUUGAGGGCGCAGACGAGACCACCGUUCGAGGCUUCAAGGGCGAAAUCGAUCUCCUAAAGAAACUCAGCAACGUAGAAAGAGUCGUAACUCUGUAUGAUUACGAGAUGAACGAGGAGAAGCAGGUUCUCAGCCUGCUUAUGGAAAUGGGUGAACUGGAUCUUAACACGCUCCUACGCCUACGCCUCUCUCCCGAGAACGCCAGGUUCGACCCUGUCUUCGUGCGGUACUAUUGGCAGGAGAUGCUCGAGUGCUUAGCAGCCGUCCACGCGCAUGACAUCGUCCACUCUGAUCUAAAGCCAGCCAAUUUUGUCCUGGUGCAAGGCCGUCUCAAGCUCAUCGACUUCGGCAUCGCCAACUCUAUCCAGACUGACGAGACUGUCAACGUGCACCGUGAAACCCAAAUCGGUACUCCCAACUACAUGAGCCCGGAGAGUCUGAUCGAUUCCAACGCGACCGACGUCGGCGGCCACCGCAUCGGUUCCGUAGCCAACCCGCCACGACCGAAGCUUAUGAAGCUCGGUAAGCCCAGCGACGUCUGGAGCUUGGGUUGCAUCCUGUUCCAGAUGGUGUACGGCACGCCGCCGUUCGGCCACAUCCCGAACCAGAUGGCGCGCUGCCACGCCAUCAUCAACUGGCAAUACGACAUCGAAUUCCGCGACCGUGGCAUCGGCGGCACCCCUGUGCCCCCAAGCCUCAUGCGCACGCUGAAGCGCUGUCUGAACCGCGACCAGCACCUGCGGCCCACGUGCGAGGAGCUUCUCUCCCCCAUCGACCCGUUCUUAUACCCCGUUGAGGCCCCCGAGGGCUCGCUCCCUAUCACGGAGGAGCUCCUCGGCCGCAUCAUCCAGAGCGUCGUCACCCGCUGUAGAGAGCGCUUGCCGACAGAGAACGAGGCCCUCAGCGUCUGGCCCCAGGCCUACUGGGGCAGUGUAGCAAAGGCGGUGGGUAGAGAGGCGGGUUCCGCGUCGGCGUCAGCAUCGGCGUCGUUUUCGAGGUCGAAUUCAAAUGGGUCGAGGUGACAUGGAUGAGGAGAGGAGAAGGAGAAAGGCAAUGCAAUAAAUUAAUUCAAUAUAAUGACUUACGAACGAACGGCCUUUUUUUUCGAGGAGAGGAAGGGAUGGGAAGGAAGGUGGAGGUGAGG